GCAUCUACUCUACAAUCGGCUCCUCUCACAGUGCUACAUGCUAUGUGGCUAGCUACACGCACCCCCGAUGCCUACUAGCAUUUUCCACGUCGUAUGUUUUAUAAUUUAAAGCGAAUAAAAAUAAAUUAUCCAGUGAGUUAAAACGUUGAGUCGCAACUUAACGACACCAAAUUGAAGCGAUGACAGGCUCAAACGAAUACAAGCUGAAUCAGGGACCAGAGGAUGGCAUCUCGGCUGUCAAAUUCAGCCCUAGCACAGCCCAGUUCCUUUUGGUUUCUUCUUGGGACUGUACGGUUCGUCUCUUUGAUGUUGGAGGCAACACCAUGCGGAUGAAGUAUCAGCAUACAGCUCCAGUUCUUGACUGCGCUUUUUAUGAUCCAACACAUUCUUGGAGUGGAGGUUUAGAUGCACAAUUAAAAACUCAUGAUUUGAACACAGACCAAGAUACAAUAGUCGGAACACAUGAUGCACCCAUUCGUUGUGUGGAGUACUGCCCAGAGGUUAAUGUCAUGGUAACAGGUAGUUGGGACAGAUCAGUUCGACUGUGGGAUCCACGGACACCCUGCAAUGCUGGCACCUUUACACAGCCUGAAAAGGUGUACACCCUCUCUGUGGCUGGAGAUAGGCUAAUUGUUGGCACAGCAGGGAGACGAGUCCUAGUGUGGGAUUUGAGAAACAUGGGAUACGUACAGCAAAGAAGAGAGUCCAGUCUAAAGUAUCAGACUCGCUGCAUUAGAGCCUUCCCUAACAAACAGGGCUACGUCUUGAGUUCAAUUGAGGGUCGUGUAGCUGUGGAGUACUUGGACCCAAGCCAGGAGGUUCAGAAAAAGAAAUAUGCCUUCAAGUGCCAUAGGCUGAAGGAGGAUGGAAUUGAGCAAGUCUACCCUGUUAAUGCCAUCUCCUUUCACAGUGUUCACAACACCUUUGCCACAGGUGGCUCGGAUGGAUUUGUGAACAUCUGGGAUCCGUUCAACAAAAAGCGCCUGUGCCAGUUCCACCGGUACCCAACCAGCAUUGCAUCGCUGGCUUUCAGUAAUGACGGCACCAUGCUUGCUAUCGCUUCCUCCUACAUGAAUGAGAAAGGAGACAUCAGCCACCCGGAGGAUGCCAUAUUCAUCCGCCAAGUCACCGAUGCCGAGACAAAGCCCAAGUCUACCUAAAUGCUCGGUGGGAUGGUUUUCUACGCAUGACGCACCGUCACGUCAGGAUUAUCUGCUGGCAUCCUGUGUACAUUUUCCAUCUUCUUUCCAUUUCAUUCUGUUUCAUUACUUAGUUUUUACUUGUACAUUAUAUAUAUUGUUUUCCUUUCUGACUCCUGUUAAAUAUUUCAUUGUACUGUCUUGUACUUUCUUGAGCAAAACUGAUUAGAAUACCCCGUGGCUCAGUCUUUUUGGAGUCAUGACACUUUACCUGUCAUUUGAUUAGUCUUAUUACUGUCAGAUGGCUCAGUUUGACACUCAAGGACAUUAAAAAUCUUUCCUUAAACUUUGA